CUUCCGAACGUCCCCAACGUCACUGCUACUACCCACAAAGGAAGCACGAGCACGAUACCCACCGUCUGCAAUAAAUAAGCCCCAACAAUCGGCAAGCCACCUUCCAUCUCCAUUACCCAAUUACUCAGCUGAGAUUGACACAGAGAGAAACGAAGAAAUUCCAUUUGUAGAGUGAGAGAAUGAACAAGGGAAGAACAAUUUUGGAGGUUGGAGCUGAUGGGGUGGCUCUCAUCACCAUCAUCAACCCACCUGUCAAUUCUCUCUCCAUCGAUGUAUUAAACAGCUUGAAAGAAAGUUACGAGCAAGCUUUACAAAGAGAUGAUGUUAAGGCAAUUGUUGUUACAGGUGCGAAAGGCAAGUUUUCUGGUGGUUUUGAUAUCACUGCUUUUGGUGGAAUCCAAGGGGGAAAUACACCAGCACCAAAGCCUGGUUUUGUAUCAGUGGAGAUUCUCUCCGACACUUUGGAAGGUGCAAAAAAACCUUCAGUUGCUGCUAUUGAUGGCCUUGCCUUAGGUGGAGGGUUAGAGGUUGCUAUGGCCUGCCAUGCUCGUAUAUCUACUCCUAAUGCACAACUAGGCUUGCCUGAACUGCAGCUUGGUGUAAUUCCUGGAUUUGGUGGAACACAGCGGCUUCCUCGUCUUGUUGGCCUCUCUAAGGCCCUUGAGAUGAUGCUGAUGUCAAAGCCUGUAAAAGGAGAGGAGGCUCUUAGUUUAGGCCUUGUGGAUGCCGUAGUAUCAGGAAAUGAAUUAGUAAACACUGCUCGUCGCUGGGCCUUGGAUAUUUUAGAGCACAGAAGACCAUGGGUUGUUAGUCUUUACAAGACUGACAAGUUAGAACCUCUUGGUGAGGCGAGGGAAAUACUAAAAUUUGCUAGAACUCAGGCCCAAAGACGCGCUCCCAAUCUCAAUCAUCCACUGUUUUGCAUUGAUGCCAUUGAAGAGGGCAUAGUUUCCGGUCCUCGUGCUGGGCUUUGGAAGGAAGCUGAAGUGUUCCAAGGUCUUCUACAUUCAGACAUUUGCAAGAGCUUGGUCCACAUCUUCUUUGCUCAACGUGGAACCACAAAGGUUCCUGGGGUUACCGACCUAGGUUUGGUACCAAGACGAAUAAAUAAGGUUGCUGUUCUUGGCGGAGGAUUAAUGGGCUCUGGGAUUGCUACUGCCCUGGUUCUCAGCAAUUAUCCUGUGAUAUUGAAAGAAGUAAAUGAGAAAUUCCUACAGGCUGGGAUUGGUAGAGUCAAAGCCAAUUUGCAAAGCCGCAUCAAGAAAGGGAAAAUGACUCCAGAGAAAUUUGAAAAAACCUUUUCUCUCCUCAAGGGUGUUCUCGACUAUGAAAGCUUUAGAGAUGUGGACAUGGUCAUAGAGGCGGUGAUUGAGAAUGUCUCUUUAAAGCAACAAAUUUUUUCUGAUCUUGAAAAAUAUUGUCCUCCACAUUGCAUACUUGCGAGUAACACUUCCACUAUAGAUUUAAACCUAAUUGGUGAGAGGACUAGGUCUCAUGAUCGGAUUAUUGGAGCCCAUUUUUUCAGUCCGGCUCAUGUCAUGCCACUUUUGGAAAUUGUACGUACACAAAAGACAUCUUUCCAAGUAAUAGUUGACUUGCUGGAUGUCGGGAAAAUGAUAAAGAAAACGCCAGUCGUGGUUGGGAAUUGCACUGGCUUUGCUGUCAACAGGAUGUUCUUUCCUUACACUCAAGCCGCCCUUUUACUUGUAGAACGUGGUACAGAUGUUUAUCAGAUUGACAAGGCAAUUACCAAAUUUGGAAUGCCAAUGGGUCCAUUCAGAUUGUGUGACCUAGUUGGUUUUGGAGUUGCAAUUGCCACUGGGACGCAAUUUAUUAUGAAUUUUCCUGAAAGGACGUAUAAGACGAUGCUAAUUCCAAUCAUGCAAGAAGAUAAGAGAGCAGGUGAAACUACUCGCAAAGGAUUCUAUGUGUACAAUGAUAAACGCAAGGCUAGCCCAGAUCCGGAGAUUAAGAAAUAUAUUGAGAAGGCAAGGAACAUUUCUGGGGUUACCAUUGACCUGAAGUUGACAAAAUUAUCAGACAAGGACAUUAUAGAGAUGGUAUUCUUCCCUGUUGUGAAUGAGGCCUGCCGAGUACUUGCUGAAGGUAUUGCAGUCAAAGCAGCUGAUCUGGACAUUUCUGCUGUCAUGGGCAUGGGGUUUCCGCCUUACAGGGGAGGAAUUAUGUUCUGGGCGGAUUCUCUUGGGUCGAAAUAUAUUUAUUCCAGAUUGGCGGAGUGGUCAAAUAUGUAUGGAGAAUUCUUCAAGCCCUGCGCUUAUUUAGCUGAUAGAGCCACCAAGGGGACUCCUCUAAGUUCUCCUAUGGAGCAAGCCAAAUCUCGCCUAUAAGAUCGAUAUGUUGAAUGCAUUCUACAUCCAAUUUUUAUCUCUCUCUCAUGUAUUCCCUGUCUUUUGCUUUCUUUCCCUUUUCUCUCUCAAAUGCUGGGAAAAAAAAGCUCAAAAAUUAGUCAAAUAAUGUAUGAUGUCGAGAAUGUAGAAGGGCAGUGAAAAUGCAAAAGAACGAACUUAGAGAAUGCGAGAAUAAUACUUUGUUACAAAGUAGUAAGUCGUAGAUAACAUUUUCCCCCAUUUGUUACAAACUAAUAAACAAAUUGUUUUGACUAUAGUGGGAUUAACACGAUAAUCUUUU